AUGGCCCUUUUGCACCCCUUUGAUAUUAAUGAGGUUAGAACUGCAGUAUUUUCUAUGUUCUCGGAUAAAGCCCCGGGGCCAGAUGGUAUGAACCCGGGUUUUUAUCAACAUUUUUGGGAUGUGGUGGGAGUGGAUGUAUCUGAAUUUAUUCUUAAUGCCCUCAAUUCGUGGAUCCUCCCAAAUGGUUUGAAUGAUACGAAUAUAAUUCUGAUCCCUAAGAAAAAUGUGCCUGAAACGGUUGGUGAUAUGCGGCCAAUUGCUCUCAGUAAUGUACUGUACAGGAUUAUGGCUAAAAUGAUGACCAAUAGGAUGAAACCGCUUAUGGAAAAUCUAAUAUCAGAUUCCCAGAGUGCUUUCAUUUCAGGGAGGUUGAUCACAGAUAAUAUCCUAGUGGCUUCAGAGGUGGGUCACUUUUUAAAUGGGAAGCAAUGUGGUAAUGUGGGAUGGGGUGCUUUAAAGUUAGAUAUGGCAAAGGCGUAUGAUAGGAUGGAGUGGCCGUUUCUGAAGAAGAUGUUGCAGGUGAUGGGGUUUGAAAAGGGGUGGAUUGAUUUGGUUAUGACAUGUGUGACGACUGUGACAUAUCAGGUUGUGGUAAAUGGUGUGCCUGGAGGAAAAAUAAUCCCAACACGAGGUCUCAGGCAAGGUGACCCUCUCUCACCGUAUUUGUUUAUUAUAUGUGCUGAAGGAUUAUCUUUGUUAUUACAAAAAGCUGAGCUGGCAGGUUCAAUUCAUGGAUGUAGAGUGGCUAGAGGGGCACCCCCAGUGUCACAUCUUUUCUUUGCAGAUGACAGCUUGUUGUUUUUCAAGGCAAAUUUACAGGAGGCAAGUGUAAUAAAACAAUGUCUAUUGAGGUAUGAGAAUUUAUCUGGCCAGAUGGUAAAUUAUCAUAAAUCAAAUAUUUGCUUCAGCAGAAAUACCUCAAGGGAGGAUAGGGAUCUCGUGGCUAUUUGUUUAGGAGUGGAUCAGGCACCAAACUUUGGUAAAUAUUUAGGCCUUCCGUCAUUCAUUGGGAGAAAUAAGAGAGCAGUCUUUUCUUAUGUGGAGGAUAAAAUCAGACAGAGGAUUGGAUCAUGGAACAAGAAGCUGUUGUCACAAGCAGGAAAAGAGGUACUUUUGAAAAGUGUGGCCCAAUCUAUGCCUACCUUUUCAAUGAGUAUUUUCUUACUGCCUGAUACAGUCUGUUUAUCUAUUGAGAGGUUGAUGAAUAGGUACUGGUGGGGAAAAGAGGUGGACAGAGGGAUUCACUGGAAGGCCUGGGAUAAACUAUGUGUUCCAAAGAAAUAUGGAGGUUUGGGAUUUAAAGAUCUCCGUUCUUUCAACCUGGCUAUGUUAGGGAAGCAGGCAUGGAGGUUUCUUACAAAUCCAACCUCCCUUGCGGCGAGAAUAUAUAAAGCCCGUUAUUACCCGACGACUUCUUUUAUCGAUGCCAAGAUAGGGAAAUGUCCCAGUUAUUGUUGGCGGAGUAUAAUGGCUGCCCAUGGAAUAGUUUGCGCUGGGGUAAGGAGAAGGAUUGGAAAUGGGGAAAAAACUCUAAUCUGGGGACAUCCCUGGUUACCUGAUGAUCCAAGUCCUUUAAUACAGACAGAAAUGCCUGAAGAACUGCGUGAGGCAAGGGUUGUAGGUUUGAUUGACCAUCAGACGAAAACAUGGGAUCCUCAUAUUUUAAGUGAUUUAUUUGAACCUGACGAUGUGGCCCGGAUAUAUAGGAUCCCUAUAAGCCCGGAGUAUGAAGACUCGUGGUAUUGGUAUAAGGACCCAAGGGGUGAAUAUUCUGUUAAAAAUGCAUACAGACAGAUUGUUGGAAAUUAUGAAAAUAAUUCCGGUACCUUUGAUAAGUGGAUCACAUUGUGGAAGUUGAAAAUCCCACCCAAGUGGAAAACCUUUUUGUGGAGAGCCUUAUGUGAUAUCCUCCCAACCACAAACAACCUGAUUAUAAAGAGAGUGGAAGUUGUUCCUGCAUGUCCAAUGUGUGAUACAUCUCAUGAGAAUGUUAUGCAUGCACUAACUUCUUGUGAUUAUUCUAGAAUUGUUUGGAAUAUUUCGGGUUUACCUAUUACAAAUAUUAUUGCUGCUACUUUUCCAGAAUGGAUAAUGGGUGCCAUGACCAACUUAACGGAGGAGCAAUUUGCCACAUUGGUAGGAGUUCUUUAUCAUUUAUGGAAUGCCCGAAACGAAGCUGUGUGGAAGAGAGCUUUACCGCCACCUUCCGCUACAUGGAGACGUGCGGCCGCGGCAACAACGGCGUAUACCCAGGCACACUGCCCGGGCAGUGUUCCAUCGGCGCAGCAGCCUCCACUGGUGCUUCACGGACGGCCGCGGUGUUUCUUCGACGGUGGAUAUCGGCCGCAGACGGGAGACGCGGUAUAUGGCGUAGUAUUACUUCAUCUGGAUGGUUCAUUCAAGGCCGCAACGAAUGGCAAACUCAUGACUUGUUUGUCACCCCUUAUGGCGGAGGCCCUGGCAUGCAGAGAAGCGUUAUCUUGGCUUAAGGAGCGGAACGAACUUGAUGUGGAUAUGCUGACUGAUUGCACACAACUACGACAUCACUUACUAUCUAGUCCUACGACCAUCCUAUCUUAUGAAGGAGUGGUGGAGGAUCAAUUUCGGGCAAUUAUGGCCCAAUUUACGUAUUGCUCUAUUAAUAUUGUCUCUAGACUAGUUAAUGUUAGUGCUCAUACUUUAGCUACACUAGCUUUUGAUCAGGAACAUUCUAUGUAUUGGGACUAUGUCCCUCCUGACUGCUUGAUUCCUUUCAUUAAUUAA